AUGGGCCGACUUGAUGGGAAGGUCGUUGUCCUCACAGCUGCUGCUCAGGGGAUCGGCCGGGCAGCCGCGUUGGCUUUUGCAAGAGAAGGUGCCAAAGUCAUAGCCACAGAUAUCAAUGAAUCCAAACUUCAGGAACUGGAAAAGUACCCAGGUAUUCAGACUCGGGUCCUUGAUGUCACAAAGCAGCAGCAAAUUGACCAGUUUGCCAAUGACAUUGAGAGACUUGAUGUUCUCUUUAAUGUUGCUGGUUUCGUCCAUCAUGGAACCAUCCUGGACUGUGAGGAGACAGACUGGGACUUCUCGAUGAACCUCAACGUCCGCAGCAUGUACCUGAUGAUCAAGGCUUUUCUUCCUAAGAUGCUGGCUCAGAAGUCUGGCAACAUUAUCAACAUGUCCUCUGUGGCUUCCAGCAUCAAAGACCAGCCAGAAGAACGGGGAGAGGGAAAUCCCUUCCUCCCUGACAGCUGGCGCACCCAGCAGGCGCUGACUUUGUCUGCUGGACUUGACCUGCCCCAGGGCUGCGGCCGCUCAGACCUCCUGGGACAGCGGACAAAGCUGACAGAAGUGACUCUAUCCUGA